AUGCGCCAGAACUAUGCGGGUGGGCAACAAGGUGGACGUGUUCCCCUGGCAGCUGCUGGGAUGCGAAUGGCAUGCUUACCAUUCAAGGCCGCCUGUAUGUGGGAUGCUGUGUCCCCUGGCUAUGUGGGCAACAAGGCGGCCGUGUUUCCCCUGCAGCUACUGGGCUUCGAUGUGGACCCCAUUAACUCCGUGCAGCUCUCCAACCACACUGGGUACCCCACGUGGAAGGGGCAGAUACUGGACGGGGAGCAGCUGUGGGCGCUGAUAGAGGGGCUGGAGGCCAAUGGGCUGCUCUUCUACUCGCACCUGCUCACUGGUGGGCUGCAUCGGAUCGCUCUCGUUCCUGGAGACUGCUACACCGGAUCCCUCUCCUUCCUGGAGACUGUUCUGAGGGUGGUGGAGAAGCUCAGAUCAGUCAACGUCAACUCGACUCUCUCCAUCUCUACCCCUCUCUACCCUCCUCGCCCCCUCUCCUCUCUUCCCUCCCACCAGGCUACAUCGGGUCGCUCUCCUUCCUGGAAACUUGAUAAGGGGCAUUGGCUGUUUCUACACGGCAGCUACUCCUUGCUACCGCUUAUCCCACCUCUCCUUGCUAAAGUUUCCCAUCUCCCACCAUCUCUCUUUCCCUCCCCUUGCAACAUGCAAUUCGACUUGACUUUUGAGUCGACUCAGAAGUCAUCUCCCACCAUCUCUCUUCCCCUCCGCCACAUCUUCACCCCUCCCCUUCCAACGUGCGAUUCAGUGAUGGGGGACGUCAGCCAUUUGAGGCUGCUUGAAUCUGGCCUGCUGCCCUUCCAACCUUGCCACCCCUUUCCCUCUACCUCUCCCCCAACCUCUCCAUCCCAUCUCUCCUCCGCUCCCCUCACAGUGUGCAAUCCAGUGAUGGGGAACGACUCCUUGUGCGAUCCACUGAUGGGGAAUGACGGCCGUCUCUACAUUGCUGCUUCUCCAUGUCACCUUCUCCCCCAACUCUCCUUACUCUUCCCUCUCCCUUCCCCCCAUCUCCCCGCCUCCCUCCACUUUGCUCUACCCUUCCUCCCUUCUCCCCACCUCCCCUCCCCUACCCCCCACUCACAGUGUGCGAUCCAGUGA